ACACAAAAUUAAAUGAAAGUUCAAGUUGGACCCAAGGAAAAGAAAGAGCAUCACGUAUUUAUUAAAUGUAGCGAUAGACAUUCUUAUAUUCAUGUACUGUAGUUCCUGAUUUGGCCUUGUUGUGGCGGUAACGCUGCAAGAAGUAGAAGUUUUGAUCUCUUCUCAAGAGAACAAGGAAGCGCCACUACGACAGCAGAAUGACUGUCAACUGCAUGACGUAGUUGUCCGUUGAUUCUCCUUUCGGUUGCUAAAUAAGCUAACUAUCUCCACCGCAGAAAUGGAGGCUGCAGGAGGAGAUGAGAGUAUGGAUGUGCAAGGGGAAGCGGUGGAACCGAGCUUUUCUGGACACCGACAGACUUCUGUAAAGCCUGUUUGGACUUCGCUAGAGGAAGCAGCCCAAAUGAAGACGGAAGGGAAUGUUUUCUACAAGGAGAAGAACAUUCGCUCGGCCAUUGGGCGUUAUCACCGAGCUCUGCUGGUUCUCAGAGGCCUCGAUUCUGAUGUGAUGGCGUCAGUGAAAGGGUUUGCGCCUGAGAUACCUGCUCUCACACCUGAACAGGAGGCUUUACUGAGAAACACACAAGUGGACUGCUACAACAACUUAGCUGCCUGUUUGUUGCAGAGACAGAGUGUUGACUAUUCUCGUGUGCGGGACUACAGCCUGCGGGUGCUGCAGUGGCGGCCGGGUGAUGUCAAGGCACUGUACAGGGCAGGAGUAGCCACUCUGGAGAUGGGAGAUGCACAGACUGCCAAACAGUACCUCACCCAGGCCUGCAGAGAGCAGCCUAAUGAUGCCAAUGUGAGGAAACAGCUGCAGAGGGCCGAGGAGAAACUGAGUCAUGAUUUACAAAAAGAGAGGGCCAUGUACCGAGGCAUGUUUUCCCCCAGCCCGAAGAGCAACUCCGAAGAAGGCAUUUACCAAACCCACAGAGCCAGUGAAGGAGUUUUAGCCAGCCAGCUCAGCCCACCAAAUGAAGCCUCAAACUGAGAGAGACUCUGUUCAACUGAUUACAAACCAACUGAAGAAUGUUCACACAUAUUGACUCGUGUGACCUUUUAGGUGUGCAUCAGGUGAGCAUAGGAAAGUAAGAAUUGAAAAUUACACAGAGGACUGGGAGGCAGUCGUAAUGAAACGAAAGAUGUCGCUGCUGAAAAUAGAAAGGAGAGGAUGGGGGAAGUUUAGUUUCCUAGCAACACGGAUGCAAAGCUGUAUUUAGUUUGGAUAUUUCACAAAAAUGCUUUUGAAAGCUAAAGUGACAAUGCACUAAAAGUUCUGAUUUCGCCUACAUCAUUGCAGCUGUUUGGUCAGUACUGUGAAUGCGAUUUUGUGAGUUUUCAAGUAAAAUAUUUUUUUUAAAUAAAUAACCUCCAGUCUCUGUCUCUUUAACAAACUCAUUUGAUUAUAUAAUGCAAUAAGGUAGUUCAGGCACAGUACAAGUUUAGUUAUUGGUUCUUUUAUUAUUUGUAAGCCAUGAGAAGCCACAUCUUGUCUCAAAUAACGCAUCAAUAUCUUUAAUCAUUCCAUAUUUAUUUGAAAAUCCUGAGCACAAUAUCAAGUUAAAGAGUAUUUGCUUGGUUUUGGUCAUUAUCUGGCCAAUAUGAUUGUACUUCAGAGGCACUGCUACCCUUAAAAACGGAGGAAUAUCACACUCUCACAAUAGCUAUAAUCACUGAACUAGUCACAGAGCAGCAUGCAGAAGUAUACAGAUACACAUUCAUACUCAUGGUUACAGGAGGGUUCUGCUUAUAACUAAUAUGAGUUCAUAUUUAAUAUCUUUAAAUUGGGCUUUAGACGUUAAAUCCUUUGAAACAACAUUCACACUUUGAAAAACUCCACUGAAACCCACAGUAGUAAAGAAGAUUUGUAGUUCUUUGCAGCUCCUAAAAGGAAUUGUUCACCCCAACAGUUGUAGCCUAUGUUUUCUUCACUGACAUUUCGAUGUGGGCCUUGCUGCACCCUACGGUGCUCACUUUUGCUACUGUAGGGUGCACAAUCUACAAUAAUACAUUGUCAGUGAGAAAAGACUUUAGGCAACAAUGAAAUCAAUUGGCUGCAAAGCACUGUGAUUAUGCUGACAUUUUGUCGUUUUUUGGGAGGCUAUAAAGUGUCUGUAAAAAUAUACGAAAACAUUACUGAGAUGAAUGACGUGAGCCAAGAGCAAAAUUAAUAGCAGGUUUUACAGACUUUAUGUGCCUGAGAGGAACUUCCAUCAUACUAGAAGGUCUAGACUAGAAGAUAUCUUAUAGCCAGUAUCAUAAAACCAGUGCAUCUGUCUAAUCAAUC